AUGAGACGGGUUGAAGCCGCCUACCUGGAUUUCGGGAAGUGCUCUGCCGAGGAAAGCGCUGCAACGUCGGAUCUGGCGACGGAGGCUGGCCAUCUUCUCUGCGCCGACAAAUACCUGCGGCUGGUGACAAAAGAAGAGGCUGACGCGCUGCUCCUCGACUGGAAGGAGCAGGACAAGGAACGGCUGAAGAACGGGAACGACAUUUUGCAGACGCUCACAUCCGCUGAACAUGAUGUGCCCGCGCUGCCCAAAUGGUUCCAGAUGGCAAUGCGGGAUGCCGAACGUAACGCCCGGGAGCAGUACCAGAAGGCCACCGUCAAAGACCUCGCCAAGUUGGUCAAGAGGACGCUGCGGGCGCGCGUCGACGACGCCAAAGAACGAUGGGACGACGCCCGGAAAGAGACGUUGGCCUCAUACGAGCGCUACGAGGAACUGGCCUCGGCGGCUAUGGCGCAGACGUUAGGGCAGGUGGAGACAAAGGAGCAGCUCGUCAGGCGUUUCGAAAAGGCUAAUUAUGGGAAAAAGCCCAGGACCGUUGCCCGUCUCGCGCAGGUGCCUUCGGCCGUCGACUUCAAACCGUACUACAAGAAGCGGGACUUUGACUUCGGACCGUACUACAGGAUGCCCGACGACUCCGACACCGAAAACACCACGUCUGAAGUCGAGGAAGCGCUGCGAAGGCCGCCGUGCGCCUGUGACCAAAUGGUGGCCGCCACCGAGUUCUUGACCGCCCCACCCGCUGCCACCAAUCAAGAAGCUCUCUCCGCUGAGCCGGCCGCCUCGAAAAUUAGCCUCAACGUCGGAACUAUCUCCACCAUCACCAACAAGUCCGACGAGUCGAACAAGUCGACCUCCUCGAAGAAUACGGACAAAAAAUCACCCAUCAAGUCGACCUCCUCGAAGAAGAAGGACAAGGUGCCCGGCCCCGAGUCGUUGAGUGUCGGCCGCGACAUGGUGGAGAUUGUGGACGCCGGAGUUGAGGGCAGAAGGGAUAUUCAAGGAGAGGCCGGCCGACCGGAUGCUGAGCGCCUCCCCGAAAAAUCCACCCAGGCCGAAGUUCCGCCCCCGCCACCAGCUGCCUCCAAUGAAGAUGCCCUCACGGCUGAGCCGGCCGCCGCGAAAGGUUGCCUCAACGUCGGCACUAUCCCCACCAUCCUCAACAAAACCGGCAAGUCCAGCAAGUCGCCCGUCACGAAGAAGAAGGACAACAAAUCGCCCACCAAGUCGACCUGCUCGAAGAAGAUGGACAAGGAAUCCCCCGACAUCACCAACAAGUCCAACAAGUCGACCUCCUCGAAGAAGACGAAGAAGAACUCCCCCGACAAGGCGAACAAGUCGGUCUCGACGACGAAGAUUGGGGAGAAGAUGUGCAGCAAGUCGUCCAAGUCAUCCAAAUCUACUCAGAACGGAAUCAUCUGCUGCAUGACGUGCUGCAGCAAGAAGAAGAAGAACAAGUCGUCCAAGUCGAGUAACACCGGAAGUGAGAACCCGAAGGUGUCGAAGAAGCCGAAGCUCCCACCCGUCUACCCGAACGAGGCACACGACAACAUGUUCCAACAGACAAAGCAAUUCCCCGAGGAAGACGACAAUGGUGGCAGCGAUCCGAUGAUGCGCGCA